ACAAGAGAGAGUGGGGCGAGAGAGAAGAAAUGAGAGAGAGGGAAGGUGAAGAGGAGUGAGCGAGUGUGAAAGAGAGCGUGAGGGAGAGAAAAAGAUAAUGCAAGCAAGAAGAACACGGAGCCAGCCGUUUUUUGUCCACCCUUCCAUCCUCUCUAUCUCUCCAGGUAUGAGCCAUUAGUCAAAGUUGCGGUCAUUAGGAAUGAUCUCCACGCCAACUCGCACCACGGCCACGGUCAGCCCUCUCACCCCGCUAGCCAAUGGGAGUGCGGCUGCUCAGUCUGCUCACUCUGGAUUCGCUGCCGCCCUCCGUCAAUUGGCCAAACAGGCUGAAGAUCCCAGAGGUUCUUCUCCCAGUAGUGAGUCUUCAGUCUCCUCUCCAGCCACCUGUCUCAGUAAUUCAGUCACCACUCCUAAGAGGGGGUUGUCAGGGCCACUCCAGACCUCAAGUGGGGUAGACAGCCUUCCCUCCACCCCUCCUGGAGUCACCAUCGCCCCAACUCACAGCAAGACCAGCAACAUUCUCUGGAUAGGAGAAGGGCACCAGGCUGAGUCAGGUGUUUGUGGAGUGAGUAGGGAGAGUGUUGGGUCUGAGCUCAGCCCUACCCAGGAGAAAGGAGGUUAUCCUGUCCCCUCUCAUCACGUCUUGGCCCCCCCCUCUUACCCCUUCAGCCUCACCACCAGCUCUGUCAUGCAGGACCGGCGACUACAGGGCCUUAGUCUACCUGGUCAGGUACACCCUGCAGUUCCCUCGGGGACGGUCCCAGAGGAGUACCUGAGAGGACUCCGCCCCUUUGCUACCUCAGACGACCUCCGCCUACCCUCGCUGCACCUGGGGCUUGACCCCGUCACCGCUGCCCAUGUUACUGCUGCUGCUGCCUACUACCACCCUGCCUACCUCCACCACCUACACAGGAUGGAGGAGUCUCUGUGUCUGUCUGCACUGCGCUCUCAGUUCUACUCUGUACCAGCAGGCGGAGCCUUCUCUACCCUCCACCCCUCUGCUCUCCACAUGCACGUGCCUGGGGCACGCUACCCUGGGGAGCUCAGCCACACACACAGCGCAAUAGCUGAGAGACUACAGAUGGAGGAAGACCUUCGCCAACGAGAGAAACAGAGGGAGCUUGAGCUGGAACGGGAGAGAGAGAGGGAGCGGGACAGAGAGAGAGAAAGGGAGCGAGAAAGGAAGAGGGAGAGGGAGAUGGUGAAAGCGGUGGGAACUCAGUACCUUGCUGGACUGAAGGCUCUCACGGCUCUGCCGGAGGACAGGGUCAGACCUGGGGAGAGGCUGACACCCAAAAGGCUGGGUAAGCCCACCCUCCCUGCCCUCCCAGUCCCUAAACCUCUACAACCAGACCUCCAGUCCUCCAGGGGGCCAGCCUCUCACCCCAUUCCCACCCUGGUGCCCUCUCAGAUUGGGAACGCACACACUGCCUCAGCCUCUACCGGGGGGCUCCAUGGAACACUGGCCUCUGCAAUGAAGCUCCAACAGGCCAAUGGGGAGAAGCUCUGGUUGUCAAAGCAACGCCGGCAGGGGCAGGAGAGUGAGGCGUGGUCAACUGGGGAAGGGGUGGAGCCUAGGAGACACAGCUACAGGUCCAACGCCAGCCAGCGUGACCCAGGCAACAGAGAGUCUCAACCUCACCUAGGAGCCCCACCUCCACUCAUCUCCCCCAAAGCUCACCCUCACCUCCUCCCCCACCCCCCUGUCCCUCCCACCACCCUCUGGAACCCUGCCUCUCUCACAGAGACCUCCCCAGACCCUCGUAGCAGGUUUGACUCCCCUAUUCCCCCCUCCCGCCCUCCUCCUGGUCUGACCAGAGCUGAGUGGCCCCCCAGCUGGGAGCGGGGGGAGGAGGGAUGCAGGAGGAUGGGGGAGGGCCCAGAGAGGUUCUCCUUCAUCAGGGGACCUGUUCUGAAGAUUUCUGGCCUCUGGAGCAUGGCUGAGCUUGAAAGAUCCACUCACAGUCUCCACCACCAAAAUAACCACCACCAUAACCACCUCCACCAGCAGGGCUCACUGCUCCUGUCCUCCCCCAGCCCCAGCUCUGACCUGGGGGUCCAGCGCCCGUCCAGCUCCCCCUCUCCCUCCAGGGACCUCCAGAAGUCUGAGCGGCCAGGCCAGGAGCCUCAAAACCCAGUGGUGUACGAUAAGAUCCUUCAGCAGCAGCACAGGCUGGUCAGCAAGCUGGAUCUGGAGGAGAGCAGGAGGAGAGAGGCCAGGGAGGGAGGGUAUUACUAUGAUCUAGAUGAGUCGUAUGAUGAGAGUGAUGAGGAGGAAGUGAGGGCCCACCUCAGAAGGGUUGCAGAGCAGCCCCCCCUAAAACUAGACACAUCCUCAGAGAAGAUGUGUUUUCUGCGCGUGUGUGGCCUGACCACGCUGGCCCAUCGUGACCAGCUGUUUCAUCAGAAGAGGAGGAAGAGGAGGAGGACGUUGAGAGAGCGCAGCAUCUCCCCUCCUCCUGUACAAGGCAAGAGGAAGACCCCUUGUUCUACUGUGGCACCUGUUCCCCCCCUCAGCACCACUCUCACCCCUGAAGAGAUGAACUACUUCCCCCAACUGGAGGACAAGAAACACUUCCUCAACAUGCUUAGCCUGUCCCAUGUCACCAGCCAGCAGAGGAGAGAUAAGGAAAAGAUGGAGGGGUUGCUGAAGGCUAUAAAGCUAAAGAGUGUGACAUUGGACACCAUCAGAUACAACCCAUUACCCCUCUGUAGCAGCACUCCUGUUCUCUCAACUGGUGACUACACACCUGACCUCCCAGCCUGCAAGUCAAACGGACUAGACUACCCAGACUCACCAAGCCCCUUGCCUCCCUACCCCCACCAUCCCGAAAACCUUCACACAGACCCACUAAACCCCCAACCCCCUCCACCCCGCCACCCCCUCCCCUGGGCCUCCACCCCGACAGGGCAGGACUGUGCGAACGUCACCCAUCUAAGAGGCUCCAGGGUCUCCAAAACGGAGCGGGCCACCUUGGCCAUCCUACCCAACUGAAGGUGCCCCUGGCUGGGCAGAAUGGGCAAAACAAGCCCUGGGAAAGAUUCAUCCGGGAGGACUUCGCCCAACAC